GCUUGUCUCCUUUCCUCUCGCGGGUCUCAAGCCGUGAAGAGUCUCCGGAUCCUGGCUGCCCCAUCCUUUCGGCCGAAAGCUCCUCUGGUCCCGGCCAGCGUCGCGUCUUCAGCCAGUUGCGGCACGCUGACUGCAGGCCGUAGAGAGCGUAAUUGCACCGCGGCCUGAGGGGGAGGGACCACGCGCUAGGAGGGGCGUAACCCGUCAUGUGACUAGAAUUGCCGUUAACUGCGUUUUCCUCGCGUCCGGGGCGCCCCUGGAUGACGUAAGCUAGGGAAGGGCGGUGCGGAAGGAGAGACAAGUUCUGAUUGCACUCUGGGUUUCGGGUUUUAUUCAGGUGGGGAAUACUGUGCUUAUCACUCACGUUGUUUCAACUUUCUGGCUAAAUGACUUGUGUGCCAGUGAUACCAGAGUCCUACAGUCAUGUUCUUGCAGAGUUUGAGUCUCUGGAUUCAUUACUUUCAGCCCUGAGGCUAGACUCCAGUCGUUUGAAGUGCACGAGCAUAGCUGUGUCUUGCAAAUGGUUGGCUUUGGGCAGUUCAGGUGGAGGACUCAAUCUCAUUCAGAAAGAAGGCUGGAAACAGAGGCUUUUUCUUUCACACAGGGAAGGUGCAGUUUCUCAAAUUGCCUGUUGUUUACAUGAUGAUGAUUAUGUUGCUGUAGCGACCAGUCAAGGCUUUGUUGUAGUUUGGGAAUUAAAUCAAGAGCGUCGUGGGAAGCCAGAACGAAUUUAUGUAUCUUCAGAACACAAAGGCCGAAAAGUUACAGCUCUCUGUUGGGAUACAGCUCUUCUUAGAGUUUUUGUAGGUGAUCAUGUGGGGAAAGUGUCUGCCAUCAGACUCAACACUUCUAAGCAGGCAAAGGCAUCUGCUGCCUUUGUGAUGUUUCCUGUUCAGACAAUAACAACAGUUGACUCCUGUAUUGUCCAGUUAGAUUAUUUGGACGGAAGACUACUUAUAUCUUCACUUACUCGUUCCUUCUUGUGUGACACUGAGAGGGAAAAGUUUUGGAAAAUUGGAAACAAGGAAAGAGAUGGAGAAUAUGGAGCUUGUUUCUUUCCUGGAAGAUGUUCUGGGGGCCAGCAACCCCUGAUAUAUUGUGCUCGCCCUGGUUCCAGGAUGUGGGAAGUGAACUUUGAUGGGGAAGUUGUAAGUACACAUCAGUUCAAGAAACUCCUCUCGUCACCACCUCUCCCUGUGAUUAAUCUAAGAUCAGAACCUCAGUAUGAUCACACAGUUGGAGCCUCUCAGUCUUUGUCCUUUCCCAAACUCUUGCAUCUUAGUGAGCAUUGUGUGCUGACUUGGACAGAAAGAGGAAUUUACAUUUUUAUACCCCAGAAUAUUCAAGUUCUUCUUUGGAGUGAAGUCAAAGAAAUUCAAGAUGUGGCAGUCUGCAAGAAUGAGCUUUUCUGUUUACAUUUAAAUGGGAAAGUCUCACAUCUUUCCCUGCUAUCUGUGGAACGCUGUGUGGAACGCCUGCUAAGGAAAGGCCUAUGGAACCUGGCAGCUCACACUUGCUGUCUCUUCCAAAAUUCUGUUAUUGCCAGCAGAGCAAGAAAAACUUUGACUGUAGAUAAAUUGGAGCAUUUGAAAUCUCAGCUGGACCACUCAAGCUAUAGUGAUCUAAUUUCUCAACUGGAAGAAUUGAUCUUAAAGUUUGAACCUUUGGAUUCAGCUUGCAGCAGUAGAAGAAGCUCCAUUUCAUCACAUGAAAGUUUCAGCGUCUUGGACACUGGUAUUUAUCGUAUCAUUAGUAGUAGAAGAGGCAGUCAGUCAGAUGAAGACUCUUGUUCCCUUCACAGCCAAACCCUUUCAGAAGAUGAGAGACUUAAAGAAUUCACCUCACCUCAGGAAGAGAACCAGCCAGAUCAGUUUUGUGGCUCACAGGGAAAUGAAGAUAAUGUUUCUCAUGUUCCAGUGACGUUUGAGACAGAUAAGAAUGAAACUUUUCUCCCCUUUGGCAUUCCAUUAUCCUUUCGUUCUCCAUCUCCUCUCGUGUCUCUUCAGGCCGUCAAGGAAAGUGUUUCCAGCUUUGUGCGUAAAACAACGGAGAAGAUUGGCACCCUUCACACAAGCCCUGAUCUAAAAGUGGGACCAGAACCCAGGGGUGAUGAGCAGUUAUGUGAAGAAGAUAUGAGUUCAGUCACCUGCCCAAAGGAGGAAGACACUGGGGGAAGAAAAGAGGUAACUACUGAACUCCCAGAAGACAAGUUCCAAGAGCUCAAAGUAGCAACAGCAGAAGCAAUGACAAUGCUACAGGAUCCACUGGUUUUAUUUGAACCCAAGUCUCUGAGAAAAGUUUUACAGAAGUGGCUUUUACAGUUAGAAAAAACAUUUGCCAUGAAGGACUUUUCAGGCAUUUCAGAUACGGGUAACUCAUCCACAAAAUCCAACCAGGAUGUGCUGUUGCUUGAUGAGUCAAAAAAGGGAAUAAUAUAUGAAGACAGUGAAAAAGAGAAAAGGGACUCUUUAGACAAUGAAGAAACUGUUGCUAAAACAGCAUGUGAAUCUGUAAGCAGUCUGAGGGAGCCAUUGGGUGACCUUUUUCAAGUAUGUUCUCCAUGCAUCAUAGCAAAUAGUCUUCAGAAGGACCUGGCCAAAUUGACAACAUUGUGUUUGGAGUUGAAUGUAUUGAAUUCUGAGAUCAAAUGCACAAAUGGACAUUUGGAUCUCACUUUGCAACAGUACUCUUCUGAAAUUCAGGCUUGUCAGUUUCUAAAGAAGUACUUUUUUCUCCUGGACUUGAAAAGAGCAAAGGAGAGUAUCAAGAUUAGUUAUACCAACAGUCCUUGUGUUUGGGAUACUUUUAUUGAAGGAUUGAAAGAAAUGGCAAGUUCCAGUCCUGCAUAUAUGGAGAUGGAAGAAGGAGACUUACCAACAAGAUUAAAGUUACUAGAUGACUCAAUCCCUUUGGAUAGUCCUUUAUUGAUUGCCUACGCUUCCCGGUUGUAUGAGAAGUUUGGGGAAUCCGCCCUUCGAUCCUUAAUCAGAUUUUACCCAUCCAUUUUGCCUUCAGAUAUCAUGCAAUUUUGUCAUAAUCAUCCUGUUCAAUUUUUGGCCUAUUUAGACAGCCUCGUGAAAUCAAAGCCUGAAGAUCAAAGGCCAUCCUUCCUUGAGUCUCUUCUACAACCAGAGUCAUUAAGGUUGGAUUGGCUGCUUUUGGCAGUGUCUCACGAUGCUCCACAAAGGGCAAGCACUAUGGAUGAGGAAGGGUACCCCAGGCCUCAUUCACACCUGUUUUCCUGGGGUUACAGUCAACUGAUUCUUCAUCUAAUUAAACUUCCUGCAGAUUUUACAACCAAAGAAAAAAUGACUGACAUCUGUAAGUCUUAUGGUUUCUGGCCUGGAUAUCUUACUCUCUGUUUGGCACUGGAAAGAAGAAGAGAGGCUUUCAUUAACAUUGUAUAUCUGAAUGAUAUGAGCCUGAUGGAAGGGGACAAUGGUUGGACCCCGGAGACCGUGGAAGAAUGGAAGCUUCUCCUGCUUCUCAUACAGAACAAGAGCACAAGGCCAGCCCCCCAGGAACCACCAAACGGGAACCUCAGUGAUGGGCCUUCCCCUGUCAAUGUGGAGAAUGUGGCACUCCUGUUGGCUAAGGCCAUGGGCCCAGAUCGGGCCUGGUCACUGCUACAGGAAUGUGGUUUGGCCCAUGAGUUAUCAGAGAGGUUUACCAGAACCUGCAAUAUCUUGAGGAUUGCUGAGAAAAGGCAGAGAGCCUUGAUACAGAGCAUGCUUGAAAAAUGUGAUCGGUUUCUCUGGUCUCAGCAAGCUUAGUGGACAAAGAUUUGGCAGAAUGUCGUGACAUUUUAAGAAAAACUGAAUCAUGCUACAGAACCUUCUGAAUGUAUUCAUUAUUGAAUGAAAUGCACCGCCUGAAAGCCUUCCCAGCUUAUUUGGGGUACUUUUGUCAUUGUUUGUAACCGUGGCAUCUGUGACUCUCUGUAACUUCAGCAUUUCUCAACCAGGGUUGGAUUUUGAAAGGAGUCAGCCUUAUUUAUUGAAAUGAAGUGCUCUGAGUUCAGAAUGUAAAUGUUCACAGUGGUACGGUCCUUAUUCUGAACUACAGUAUUACUUGAUUCUCGCUAGUGGAUUGGGAAAUUCUUUUCGUAAUGUGGCUCUUAUGUAGACAACAGAAGCUUCUUGUCCUGAUCACAUGACAGAGUAUGUUAUUGACAAGAGUUGAAUUCUUGGAUUAUUUUUAUAUCUUGUCUGGAGCAAUCUAGAUAUUACUUAAAUAGUACCUGUUAUAGUGGAAUAAACACAUAAAUGAAACACUGAAGAUUCAAAUUAGAUAUUUAAAUAAAAUGGCCUCAUAUCUAAAUUGAGCUAAUUUUAAAAUAUAUUUUUUCCAACACUUAUUUGACAUUUUCUAAUCUGAAUCUAAUACAGCUGACUAAUUCAUUACUGGACAUGUUUUAUCUCUAAUCUUUCCUUAACAGAGUAGCCCUAAAUAAUAAUGUACUUUUAAAAACUAUUUUUUAAAAGCCAUAAUAAAAGCUGAAUACUAACAUAGACUGUGGCAAGUACUUGUAUUAUUUAAGCUACGUAAGUAGAUUGCUGUUUGUCAGUCUCCUAUACAUUUAAAUAUCCUGUUAUAGUAAUAAUAAAUGUAAAAUCUGAU